GUACGAGUGAACAUGUUUUUCCAUUCGUACACUUAAACUGCAGGUUAAACCUACAUGUACAAAUGGAUGAAUAGUCGCAUAUACACAGUGUAUUAAAUUGGAUUUAUUUCACCUUAACUCAGCUACGAACGAUAUUAGAAUUACUGGAUAUAAACACAAAACGUAAAUACAGUGGGAGGCUGAAAACUAAAAUUUCAAAUGAUUUUCUCAUGCUUUUUUCUGGAGUAGCGCCAUUUGCCGAGGAUUUAUCAACCCCAGGGUCAACGCGUUCAACCAAGGUUGAGGAAAAGACGUUCACCAGCUGCUGGUACAUUUGGAUUUAUACGAUGUGCCAAUUUCCUACUUAAUAAGUGGUAUUGUCAUAUGGGCCGUAUCAGCCAGUGUUAAGUUAAUGGAAAUAAAAUACCCGAGACUGGAUUUUGUUAAAUAUUGAUCAUAUAGGUUUUUGGAUGCAGACAUUAUUACAUACAUGUACAGUAUAUAGCAUUGUUUUGAAAAGAAACCGGUAUUAACAACAGUUGACAAAAUCAACUUACAACAAUCUAGGAAGUUCUUUAAACAAGGCAACAUGAGUUUUUCCCCUCGCUUUGGUCGCGCAACAGGAAUGCAUAGAGACACUGCGAUGUUGGAGACAGAUGCCUCGGAUGAUAAAACUAAAACAACGGCGUCGCUGAGUCAAGAGACUUUGAAAACUGACCGUCCAUCGGGCCUACCUCAUUUUGGAAACGACGGAAUAACGUCGCCCAGUCGUCCAAGGGUCUCGUCAACUGGCUCAGGAUCAUCGUCGGUGGCUGGUAUUCUUGCCAGAGCUAGUGUUGAUAUUGUGACAGCAAGAACUCACCACCGACCUUGCAGGGCGGAAUUCGAUACUUUCUCCUGCCCCGAGACACAACCUCAUCCCGUUGAUUUCACCCUCGAUGACCCGGAUGUAGAUAGCAUCGAGGUCACGGAAUUUGCAGACGAUGUAGAUAGUCCCGAUGAAAAAGAUGGUGCAGAGAGAAGUGCGGCGGAGAUUGAGGAUAUCCCAAUGGUAGAGGCAAUGCGUCGGGAAUCUGUGAUAGAACGUGACGAGAGACAACGUAUAACACCAUGUACCUCACCACCGUAUCAUUGGAUCUGCCGUCUCGAAAUCGAAACACAGCGAGGAGGCAGAUAUGUCGGGACAGGAUGGUUUUGUAACAUCCUCAGUGGCAAAUCGGCCAUCUUGACAUGCGCCCACAAUCUUUACGUGCACGAUCAGGGUGGAUGGGCGGAACAGAUACGCGUUUAUCCCGGGAGAGAUGGCUCUACCACACCGUUUGGUUAUUUUACAGUAACUAAAUCCUAUCUACGUGUGCCUUAUAACUGGGAGAAUGCUUCUAGAGGGCGACCCAGUGACGACUAUGGGGUGAUUUUUCUCCCACCCCGCAUCCAGAGUAAGAUGCCAGGAGGCUAUGGUUUCCCAUUUAGGGUCAUGUCGGAUUCGGCUCUACGUGACAGAAUCAUCACCGUCUGCGGCUACCCAGGUACAAGCAGGAAAAUCCCUAGAUCAACGAUGUGGAUCGCGGGCGGGAAAAUCAAAUCAUCAGACUACAAAACGUUCCAUUAUGAGAAUGAUACGGAGGGUGGGCAAAGCGGGAGCCCCGUGUGGACAUGGGACACGUGGAAUUGGAUGGCCAUUGGAAUACACGGCUACGGAAGUGACAAUAGGAACUCUGCGCGAAGAAUAACAGUAGAUAUGGUGAAAACAGUUCGAGCUUGGGGAGAUGAGACUAUCCUUUAACAACCAACAAAGAGGACCAUAGAAACGCCGUUCCAAUGUUGGAAUAGACAUUCAAGAAAUGAUUGCAAAUUGUAGAUCUUUUCAUUGGUUGACAAAUUAACAAGAUGCCAUUUUUAAACUUGCAAAUUGAUAUCUAAUAAUGCUCAAUCAGUAAUCAGAGUCACGUGUGGCGAGGACUCUAGGUGAGGACCAAAAUAGUGUGACAUUUAACUCAUGCAUGAUUGCUCACCAGUAUUAGAGGAGGAAUAUCGCAUAUAGAAUUUAUUGCUAAUAUUGCACAUUAUGCAUUUAUUUCAACCAGUGAUAAUUUAUAUUUUGUUUUAUACUGUAGUUUAAGUUAUUUUUACAUUGGGCUUGCAAUGUUUUAAGACAUAGGAAUUUAUCUUUUUAAGAUCUUAAAUGAAAAUCCCCCAAUCCCAAUAUCAAUUUAAUAUUUGGAAUG